CAGCACGUUAAAGUCUUUCCUACAAGUCAAACUGACUCGUUCAACGAUUUUCCCAGAAGAAUCGUCUUCCACAAACGUGACUAUACGUGAUUCGUAGUCAUCAUCCAACUAAAAGCACGGCUAUAAAAACUUUUGUUCUCUCUGCUACAAUGGGCAGCCGAAGCAACAUGUCUCUUUCGACCACACUCCGACCAUGUCUCACACCUCUUUUCCUCGCCUUGUUUCUGAACCACUUCACCUACACCGUAUCUGGUAACUCGCCAUCUCUUUACACACCAGUCGAUAAUAUUAUGAUUAACUGUGGCUCCUCCGGCAACGCAACUGCAUUAGAUGGUCGGACCUGGAUUGGUGACAUGAAUUCUAAAUUCUUCCCUCAAGACCAAUCACAAAACCAGGUAUCUCAAGCCACAAUCUCAGUUAAACAAUCCCCCUCUGCUUCCCAACUACCCUAUACCACUGCCCGCUUGUCUUUCUCCCCUUUCACCUACAUAUUCCCACUCACUACCGGUCAAAAAUUCGUUCGACUAUACUUCUACCCAGCUUCUUACGGCAAUUUCGAUCGCUCUAAAGCCCUCUUCUCUGUCAAAGCUGGACCUUUUACUCUUCUUAACAGCUUUAACGCUUCACUUACGGCAGACGCCGAUGGUGAUCCUGGUGAUACCAUAUAUAAAGAGUUCUGUGUCAACAUCAAUGAAGAUGAGAGGCUGAACAUAACCUUCACUCCAAGCGAUUCCAAUUCAUUUGCUUUUAUCAACGGAAUUGAAAUCUUGUCCAUGCCUUCUUAUCUCUAUUAUACUCAGUCUCAGUCUGAUGAUCAAUCGAUCACUUUAAUCGGCCAGGAGAUGCAGUUCUACAGCAUCGGUAACGAAACUGCUCUCGAGACGUUAUACAGAAUAAAUGUUGGAGGGGGCUACAUCUCACGCACUGAAGACACCGGAAUGUUCCGGAGCUGGAGUCCAGAUGCAGAGUACUUGACAGAAGAUUUAACAUCCGUUCUACCUGUUAACACAACUAUUAAACUUAAGUUCACCAUAAUUCAACCGUACACUGCACCCGAAGAUGUAUAUCGAACUGCCCGGACUAUGGGGCCUAACAAAGCUGUCAAUAAGCUAUACAAUCUCACUUGGGAAUUUACCGUAGAUUCUCAGUUUGUUUACCUUGUUAGGCUACACUUCUGCGAGUUUCAACCAGAAAUUACUUUUAUUCACAACCGAGUGUUUCUUAUUUUCAUAGCAAAUCAAACUGCGGAGACUGCAGCCAACGUGUGGAAAUGGGCCGACAGCAGUACAGGUGUUCCCGUAUACAGGGACUACGCUGUGUCUCUACUUGGCGAAGAUAGCAAGAAGAAAAUGAACCUCUCUAUCGCCCUACAAGCAAACCCGAAUGACUAUGUGAGUAAUUACAAUGAUGCAAUCUUGAACGGUAUCGAAAUCUUCAAAGUAAGCGAUCCCAGUCGCAACCUUGCCGGACCAAACCCCGACCCACUUCUGUUGGCGCCUCCAAAGCCUGCGUCAUCGAUACAAUCAUCAGGGUCGAAGAAUAAUAGAACAAUAAUAUUCUCUGUAGUUGGUGGCGGACUUGCCGGAUUCAUUGUACUGUCUAUUAUUGGAUUCUUCAUACUCCGGCGGGCCAAGAGGGUGAAGGACUCUAGCUCUAGCGAUGGGACUGCUCGGUGGGGUCCAUUUUCUUUCGCUACCACGACCAAGUCAACAAAUACACGCGGGUCAAGUCUACCAUCUGAUAUGUGCCGUUACUUCACUCUGGCGGAGAUUAAAGCAGCCACUAAAGACUUUGAUAAUGCUUACAUUAUUGGUGUUGGUGGGUUCGGGGACGUGUAUAAAGGCUACAUUGAUAAUGGGACCACUACGGUUGCUAUCAAACGAUUAAAACCCGGUUCACAACAAGGGGCCCACGAGUUUGAGACCGAGAUCAGGAUGCUUUCACAGCUUCGUCAUCUUCAUCUCGUUUCUCUGAUUGGAUUUUGUAACGACGGAAAGGAAAUGAUUCUUGUAUAUGAUUACAUGGCUCAUGGGACCCUUCGUGAUCAUCUUUACAACACCAAUAAUCCACCUCUUUCGUGGAAACAACGGCUCCAGAUUUGUAUUGGUGCAGCGCGUGGGUUGAACUACCUUCAUACAGGUGCGAAGCAAACUAUCAUUCAUCGUGAUGUGAAGACAACAAAUAUCUUGUUGGAUGAGAAAUGGAUGGCCAGUGUGUCUGAUUUUGGGUUGUCUAAAUUUGGUCCCACUGGUAUAUCUAAGGCCCAUGUAAGCACAGUGGUGAAGGGUAGUUUUGGAUAUUUAGAUCCUGAAUACUAUCGACGCCAACAGCUAACUGAGAAGUCCGAUGUGUACUCAUUUGGUGUGGUGUUGUUUGAAGUGUUGUGUGCAAGGCCACCAAUUGUACGCACGGUGGACAAGAAGCAAGUGAGCUUAGCGGAGUGGGCUCGACAAUGUUGUCGCAAUGGAAAGCUUGAUCAUAUUGUUGAUCAAUUUUUGAAGGGUAAGAUUGCACCAGAAUGUUUGAAGAAAUUUGGUGAGAUUGCUGUGAGUUGUUUGCUUGACAAUGGAACUGAACGACCAUCGAUGAAUGAUGUGGUAUGGGGUCUUGAGUUCGCAUUGCAGUUGCAAGAAUGUGCAGAAAAAGAUAGCAGGCUUGAUUUGGUUGAUAUUGAGAUGGAGGAUGAUCAGAAAGCUUUCAUGCCCAAGUCCACCAUGAUUGAUAGUGAUGAAAUGUUUAGUAGCAGCAUUGGGCAAGUGUCAAGUACAACUAGUGAUAGUAGCGUGAACGUAAUAAGUAGAGAAUUUGAAGGUUUUGCUUUUAAAGAGUCAGAUAGAUUAAUGUCCUCUGGGGCAGUGUUCUCUGAAAUUGUGAAUCCUAGAGGCCGAUAAGAGAAUAUAUGCUUCGGAGGUGACAUUGUAGUAUGUUUUAUUUAGGUCGUGUUGUGGAAUAGAACUUGGUUUGAUAGCAAGUACUUUUAUUUCAGUUAUGGGGGAAGAAGAUGUUGAAUUGAGUUGCCAAAUAGCUCUCAGUGUACAAUAGUUAAUCUCUCUUUUUCUUUUUCUUUUUUUAAUAUAAAAAAUGUGUGAUGGUUAAAGGAAGUAGUUUUAUUUUAUGUUAUAUAUUAGUUAUUGAAUUGUUGAUAAAAUUAUUAAGGUAUUUAGAGCUUACAGAGAUUGCAUGUUUGUAACAUAAACAAGCUCUCUCCAUCUUCCUUGUAUUUAUAAAGGCAAAGAGAUUUAUUUUGUU